GAUUCUAGCGCGAUAGCUAGUCCGGUGCAGGAAUUUCUAAGGAUUUUAACCCUCGAACCAGCCGGCACACAAAGCGCACCGAUCGGCGAUCAGCGGGCAGCACUAGUGCGAGUGAGAGCGGCGUGAGAGAGGGAGAGAGAGUCCCCGGUCUCCGCCGCUCUCUGUACGAUGUCGCGCCGCAAGCAAGCCAAGCCAAGAUCACUCCGAGUAGAAGACAAUGUGACAGAGGAUGAGAACACUCCUGGGCUGACUGCCAUUCAAAGCGAUCGCGAGUGUGACCCCAGCGCAGCGUGCGAGGAUGCCGAGGACGGGCGUCUGACGAGGAGAAGGAACUCUCCGGAGGAAGGGGACGAGGGGGAGGAGGAGGACGAGGAGCACAGCUGCCGCUUCUGCCACCAGGUUUUCGACUCAGCGAGCGAUCUAACCCAACACAAGAUUAAUCAGUGCCAGCUGACAGAUGGGGCUGAUAUAGAGGACGACCCCUCGUGUUCUUGGCCUGCCUCUUCACCGUCGAGCAAAGACCAGACCUCUCCCGGCCACGAUUACGAUUUCGGUGAAGACGAAGGUCGUCAUGGUUUGCCCUACCCGUGCCAGUUUUGUGACAAAUCCUUCAGUCGCUUAAGCUUCCUCAAACGGCACGAGCAGAGCCACAGCGACAAGCUGCCGUUCAACUGCACCUUCUGCAGCCGCCUGUUCAAACACAAGCGCAGCCGCGACCGCCACAUCAAGCUUCACACCGGUGACAAGAAGUACCACUGCGGCGAAUGUAACUCCGCUUUCUCACGUAGUGACCACCUGAAGAUCCACAUGAAGACCCACGCAACAAACAAGCCCCAUAAGUGCCCCGUGUGUCGGAGAGGCUUCCUGUCCUCCAGCUCCCUGCACGGACACAUGCAGGUUCACGAACGAGGAAAGGACGGCCAGAGCGCUGGGAUUCCUGGAGCCGAGGAGUGGAAGCUGAAAGAGGCACGCAAAUGCAGCCGGUGCGAAGAGGGAUUCGACGUGCCUGAGGAGUUGCAGAAGCACAUCGCAGAGUGCCAUCCUGAGUGCUCACCUCCCGAGGUAGGAAGUGCAGGGCCUGGCCUGCAGUGCAUCUACUGCCAUGAGCCGUUCAGCGAUGAGGGCACUUUACUUAGCCAUAUUGACCAAGCGCAUGGUCGAGACCAGAAGGGUCAUACGUGCACUGUGUGCUCCGAGCACUUCCCCACUGUGGAGGAGUUGUAUGCCCACAUGGACGUUCAUCAACUCCCUGAGUCCAGCAAUCACAGCAACAGUCCGUCAUUGUUGACCGUUGGCUAUACAUCAGUCUCAAGCACUACUCCGGACUCGAACCUCUCUGUAGACAGUUCGACCAUGGUAGAUCCUGCUCCCACUGUGCCCAAGACCCGCGGGAGAAGAAAGCGUGCAGCCCAACAUGCCAACGAUAUCUGUGGACGAUCUGCCAAACAGCCUAAAGUGGCUUACAGCUGCAUUUACUGCAACAAGCAAGUGUUUUCCAGCCUCGCUGUUCUUCAGAUUCACCUCAAGACGAUGCACGUGGACAAACCAGAGCAGGCUCAUACCUGCCAGUUCUGUCUGGAGAUCCUUCCGUCUCUGUUUAACCUGAACGAGCAUCUGAAGCAGGUCCACAACGCUGAAGAUACGUCGGCUCUACUCGCUGGCCUGUCUGACGCCUUGCUACAGUGCAACUUCUGUCCAGAGAUGCACGGAGAUCUCAACGCUCUGCAGGAACACAUCAGAUGCUCGCACGGCUUUCCGAGCCCUGUAGCCAAGGAGAGCAAUGCCUUCUUCUGUCCGCAGUGCUUCAUGGGAUUCCUGACUGAGACUACUUUAGAAGAACAUGUCCGACAGACCCACUGUGACUCCGGCAGCUUGCGCUUUGACUCUCCCCUCUCGGUUACUCCCAAAGAUCCUAUAAUGGAGGUCUAUUCUUGCUCUUACUGCACCAACUCUCCCAUCUUUAACAGUGUCCUGAAGCUGAACAAACACAUCAAGGAGAACCACAAGAACAUCCCCCUGGCCUUGAAUUAUAUCAACAAUGGGAGAAGAACCUACAGAGCUCUUAGCCCUUCGUCAUCCAUAUCUGCUGACCAAGCCACUCUUCUCAAACCUGGCAGCGCUUCAUCACGCUCAGCAAGUGAAUUCAUCUGUAACCAGUGUGGUGCUAAGUACACUAGUCUAGAUCUUUUCCAGACCCACCUGAAAACUCACCUUGAUGGUAUGCUGCCACAGCUCACCUGCCCACAGUGCAACAAGGACUUUCAAAGCCAGGAGGCUCUCCUGAAGCACGUGACGGUCCACUUCACGGUCACCUCCACCUACUACAUCUGCGAGAGCUGCGACAAGCAGUUCACAUCGGUGGACGACCUGCAGAAGCAUCUCCUCGACAUGCACACCUUCGUGUUCUUCCGCUGCACACUUUGCCAAGAGGUAUUCGACUCUAAAGUGUCGACUCAGCUUCAUCUCGCGGUCAAACACAGCAAUGAAAAGAAGGUCUACCGCUGCACGUCUUGUAGCUGGGAUUUCCGGAAUGAGAGCGACCUUCAGCUGCACGUCAAGCACAGCCACUUGGAGAACCAGGGUCGGGUGCACCGGUGCAUAUUCUGUGGUGAAUCCUUCGGCACAGAGGUAGAGCUGCAGUGCCAUAUCACUACGCACAGCAAGAAAUACAACUGCCGCUUCUGCAACAAGGCUUUCCAUGCUAUCAUCCUGUUGGAACGUCACUUACGUGAGAAGCAUUGCGUCUUCGAGGGCAAAGCUCAAAACUGUGGCACCAACGGCACUACAAGUGGUGGUGGUGUGGACUCGGUCGUCAAAGAAGAUGCAGAACUGCCCGGCAUCCUGACCAACAGCCACGGAGGAGCUGGUACGGGCGAAUCUCACAACAGUCGCGAUGGAAGCGAAGAGGAUGUUGAGUCCUCUGAGGUCAUGUAUACCUGUGAUAUCUGUGGGGCAUCCUACACCAUGGAGUCACUCCUGACCAAUCACCAGCUUCGUGAUCAUAACAUCCGCCCAGGAGAGACUGCCAUUCACAAGAAGAAGGCGGAAAUGAUCAAAGGGAACCACAAAUGCAACGUUUGCUCUCGGACAUUCUUCGCCGAAGCGGGGCUCCGCGAGCAUAUGCAGACCCAUCUGGGACCGGUCAAGCACUACAUGUGCCCUAUCUGCGGAGAACGCUUCCCCUCAUUGCUUACCCUCACCGAGCAUAAGGUCACACACAGUAAGAGCUUGGACACGGGUAGCUGUCGAAUCUGCAAGUUACCUCUGCAGAGUGAAGAGGAUUUCCUAGAGCACUGUCAAAUGCAUCCGGAUUUGCGCAACUCCUUGACCGGCUUUCGCUGUGUGGUCUGCAUGCAGACCGUCACUUCAUCCUUGGAGCUCAAGAUCCACGGCACCUUCCACAUGCAGAAGACCGGAACCAUGUCCACGAACCACAUGAGCGGACGCACCUCCGUGCCUUACCACCAACCUCACCAGACCCAGAAGCUCUUCAAAUGCGCCUCGUGUCUCAAAGAGUUCCGCUCCAAGCAGGACUUGGUGAAGCUCGAUAUCAACGGGCUGCCGUACGGUCUGUGCGCCUCGUGCGUCAGCGCGAGCAAAAGCGCCAGUCCGACCGUCAACGGUGCAAACAAGCAGCAAGGGGUACAAGCGCCCGUACUCUCAACUGCAGGCUGGAGCCAGGGCGAAAGUCUGAGCCCCACUGGGGUGAAAAGGAAGGGCACUACGUAUUCCACGUCAUCCUCUUCGUCGGUAUCGUCGACCGUCGCCAAGACGCGAUGCUCCAGCUGCAACGUGAAGUUCGAAUCGGAGGCGGAGCUUCAGACUCAUCUUCAAACGGUGCACCGGGACCAGGCGGGAGAGGGCAGCGGGGGGCAAAUGAGGACGCCUCAAGGAUCCCCCAUGCUGAAAGUGAGUCCUUCGCAAAGUGAAGAGAAGAAAACGUACCAGUGCAUAAAGUGUCAGAUGGUCUUCCACAGCGAGUGGGACAUUCAGGUUCACGUGGCCAAUCACAUGCUCGAAGAGGGCCUGAACCACGAGUGUAAGCUGUGCAAUCAGACCUUCGACUCUCCAGCAAAGCUGCAGUGCCAUCUGAUCGAGCACAGCUUCGAAGGCAUGGGGGGAACUUUCAAGUGCCCCGUCUGUUUCACUGUGUUUGUGCAGGCCAGUAAGCUGCAGCAGCACAUCUUCUCAGCUCACGGUCAGGAGGAUAAAAUCUACGACUGCACUCAGUGUCCACAGAAAUUCUUCUUCCAAACAGAACUUCAGAAUCACACCCUGAGCCAGCACAGCAGCAGCUAACAAGGAGGUCCGACUCGAAAACGCGAGCCUCGUCGACUGCAUCUGGACUCUAGUUCAUUAACUGUUUGUUUCUUUUGGUCAAAUUUGCACUGAAAUUUUUAUUUCAGUUAAAAACGGAUCAACAUCCGAAGGCAAAAAAGGACAGAUCUUUGUGAAUCUUGAUGUCUGUAAAUACCGUUCUUACUGUUUUGCUGUUUUAGAGUUCUUGCGGUUGCCAUUGUACAUAAUAUUUGGUUGGAAUUGAAAAAAAAAAAACGUAUUACAUUUAAUUCUGAAUGAGCGAGUCUUCAGCCGAGGAGGAUUUUCAGCUGGAUGCACCUUGUGGAAGUGUGGAACCACCCACCUGAUCACCAGCAUGGCCCGAGCGAACAAUUUUACUCACGGUGCCUCCGCUGACGUUCUUGGACGGACUCCAUAUAUAUGCAACAAGUUUCUCAUUAAAAGAAGCGUCCGAAUAUUUUCAGGUUGGCGAGAGCUCACAGGUGUGACCCAGCGCUCGUCCUCUGUCCUCACGUAACCCACUUGUACAUUUCGGUUAUUAAUGUUUUCCCCUCGCCUAAGGCUGGAUAUGACUGGAAAUGUCCUUUUUUCUCCUCUUGGUCAGUUCUGUGCAAUGAGGGAAUAAAUAAAUUCCGUUUCAGGUCUGUUCUGGCUGCUAUCUUUUCCUUCUGAGGGUUCGGGUACAAAAACGGAUUUUUUUUAAUCCGAACCUUCGUUCACGAGGCAGCCAAGCAGAGUCUUUUCUGUGGCUAUGCUAUUGCUGUGUACAUGCUGUGAAACAUGCUAAUAUGGACAGUAGAUCGUUCCGUGGAUCGCGGCUCCGUGGAUCACCGGUAUAAACCGCUACCAGUUUUGCAUUAGUCAAACCUGAAUGCACUUUUCUAACGCUCCGUUGUUUGAUGGAUGUCUUCGGCGGAGCAGUGCUCGACGAGUGACUGGCAAUUCAGUCACCGAAACUUUGGCGAAUUACACUUUUACCAAGUCGUGGUGUUGAUGGAGCGGGGCGGAAAUGUUAUAUACAAAUAUUAACCAAGGUCUGAAUUUGCUGGACCUCUUUUUGUGUUCUCAUGUGAUGAAAACAUUAAAAAAAAUAACAUUAAAAUUGUAUCAUGAUAUGAA